GAAAUAAAAGACCAAAUCCAGGCUUCAACCAGAAAGCAAACAAGAGAAGAUGGUUGGACCUUGCUUCAUUUCCUUCUUCCUUUUGUUAAACUUGGUUCCACUCUUUCAAACUCUCGAAGCUUCUCACUGCUCCAUCAAAGGGUUGCCUCUGGUGAGGAACAUUGCUGAACUUCCACAGGAUAACUAUGGAAGAGGAGGUCUAUCCCAUAUAACUGUUUCCGGUUCACUCUUGCAUGGAUUGAAAGAAGUUGAGGUUUGGCUUCAAACAUUUGCACCGGGGUCACGCACACCGAUCCAUCGGCACUCGUGUGAAGAAGUUUUUGUUGUUCUCAAGGGGAGUGGCACUCUAUAUCUUGCCUCGAGUUCAUAUAAGUCCCCUGGAAAACCAGAGGAGCAUUUUAUAUUUUCGAAUAGCACUUUUCAUAUCCCUGUCAAUGAUGUCCACCAGGUCUGGAAUACAAACGAACACGAGGAUUUGCAGAUUCUUGUGAUAAUAUCUCGGCCUCCUGUCAAAAUUUUCAUAUAUGAAGAUUGGUCCAUGCCUCACACUGCAGCAAAGUUGAAGUUCCCAUAUUAUUGGGAUGAGCAGUGCUUUCAAGAACCUCAUGAUGAACUUUUACGAUGCGAACAUCAAGGUGGAAGAUCAUGUUCAUUGAUCAAGUGUUCUAGAGCCUUUAUGAUGAGUGCAACGUGAAAGAAUCGAUCUAUUCCGCUGUUCGUAUCGUUUAAUUUUCGAAGACCGACGUCCUCCCGUAGAACUUCAUGGACACUGCCAUUGGGCCUUUCCCGUUUUCGAGCCGAGAUUACAUUACAAUUACAUAAACAUUACAGUCAGCUUAGCUUUUGUGUUUUUCUCCACUCGUUGGAAUUCUGAAUCCAUUUUCUAUUUUCUUGUCGUUUACACAUUCAUAAUCAAAUGUUAUCUUUCAUUCCACGAA